GUUGUACAUGUAUCUGUACUCCUAUAGGCUCAAAAUUUUCGCCCUUUUGGCGCGACCAAUGCUGGAAAAUCAUGGAGCCAAAAGCUUCCCUCAAAAAAUUUCAACUUCAAUCCGCCAUUUUCAAAUGACGAUGAUGAAAAUGAUCACACUUUAUAACUUUUUAUUAUUUAGUUGGUCCGAAAUUUAGCAGAUAGUAAAUACCCCUUCCACAAACACACACAACAUUCUUACAUUUUUUUUUGUUAUUUCCUUUUAUUUUUUCUCCCGAUUUAUUGGAUACUAGAGCAAAUUGUUAUCUUGUUUUUCCUCUGAUCAAUCACUCUUUUUUCUUGUUAAUUCUCUCAAUUUGGUGUUCACUUUCUUAUUACGUGCAAGGAUUUUGGGUUUCUUGCAGAAGAUUUGGUGAAUCGAAGAAUAUUUCCUUUUAAUUCCUGAGUCUGAAAAUCUCAGAUUGGGUCGGUUUUCAGGAGGGCUUCGUAAAAUUAGGGUUAUUUUAGCUAACCUUUGGCGAAAUAUUUUCUCAUAAAUCUCAUAAAAUUGGAGGUUUCUGUAAGCGGCAUCUGGAUUUUAUUUUGGGGGUCGUGGGAAGUGGAAUUAGGGUUUUUGUACGGGCGCAUUUGAUUGGUUGGGAAAUGGUUGGUAGACCGCCGAGGAAAAUUGGGAUGCCGAAACUUAAGCGUUGUUCGGCGGCGAAAAUAGAAAUCGGGAAUAGCGACGGAGUUGAGCAGUCAUGCGUCGUCGCUAGAAAUCCCAUGAAGAUACAGAAGACGACAAAUGGCUGUUGUACACUUCCUAUUGCCCAAAUCGAGAAGACAGAUGUUGAUUUUUCAAAUUGUUGCCCUGCGACUGGAGUCUCGUCAUUCAAUACUGAAGAGAAUUCUGAGGUUCGGAAGUUUGCGGAGUACAAGCCUCCACUGUUGAAGUCCUCCAGAGGACGCAAACAGGUGCUUCCUGUGAAAUUCAGUGACUCGGUUUUGCACCCGUGGAAGAAAGAAAAAGAAAAGUCAGAGUCUUGUAAUGAUCUGAAGAGCCGUGUGGCUGAUAAAAAUGAAUGUGUUCAGGAUGCGCCCCUUAAGAAGAAGCUAAAGAAGAAAGAGGCAUCUGUGUCUUUUGGUGACAUAUACUUAGUGAAGAAACGACGGACAGAAAAGCAGUAUGGUGACUUCCUGUUCAAAAACGUUGUUUCUGAGCCUUAUCCUAGUUCUCGCAGUUCAGUGAUGUCAUUAAAUGAAGGACUUUCUUCUUUUUCGCCAAUGAUGAAAAAAGUUGAGAAGCAGAAUGGGCAAGCGGGAUUGAUGAAGCCUGUGAAGGAGAAAGUGGUUGUAAAAAAGGCUGAUUUUUAUGCGCCUAGUGAUUUUGUUAUGGGAGAUUUAGUCUGGGCGAAAUGUGGUAAGCAUUUUCCUUCUUGGCCUGCUGUUGUGAUUGAUCCUCUCUGGCAAGCACCUGAAGCUGUACUCCGAGCUUGUGUUCCUGGCACUCUUUGCGUGAUGUUUUAUGGUUAUUCCAGAAAUGGACAAAGGGAUUAUGCAUGGAUAAAAGCUGGAAUGAUUUUUCCAUUUCAUGAGUACAUGGACAGAUUUCAGGGGCAGACUAAGUUGCAUGGUAGUAAGCCAAGUGAUUUCCUUGCAGCUAUAGAGGAGGCAGUUUUAGUAGAAAAUGGCUAUGGGAAAUCAGACAUAGGAAUGGGGCGUGAAAUGUUACCUGUGGCGAAUAAAGGUGAUGUUGCAGAGGCAACUGGUUCAAAUCAGGAGUCUGAAUCUGGCACACUUUUCCUAAAUUGGCUGCCUAAAUUUACAACUCCAAAGACUUUCCUUCUCCCUCAAUUGUGCCGUUUGAAGUGUUAUCCAACUUCAUUUUGUCUCCCUGUUACAGGACAUGUAUGUUGUGAUGGUUGUGAUGUUUGGGUCCAUGCUGAGUGUGCCAACAUUUCUACUAAGCUUUUGAAGGAACUGAAAGGUAUGGACUACUUCUGCCCUGAGUGCAGAGCUAAACCGUCAUCUGAACUAUUGGCUUUGGAUAAUCAGCAACUAUCUCUUAGGCCUGCAGAGCAGCUUGAAAGCAAAAAACCGCCAGAUACGAUCACAGUUGUCUGCAAUGGCGUGGAUGGGAUUUAUUAUCCAACUCUUCAUUUGGUUCAGUGUACUUGCGGUUCAUGUGGUACAAAGAAGUGUGGGCCCAGUGAGUGGGAACGGCAUACAGGAUGCAGAGCGAAGAAAUGGAAGCACAGUGUUAAAGUGAAGGGUUCUAAUGUGAUACAGAUGGCACAGUACAAUUUAUACAGCUUCAGUUCCACGCGGUUGGAUAAGCGCCAGUUGUUUUCUUUUCUAAAAGAAAAUUACCAACCUGUUCAUGCAAAGUGGACUACUGAAAGAUGUGCUAUUUGUAGAUGGAUCGAAGACUGGGACUACAACAAAAUAAUAAUAUGCAAUAGAUGUCAAAUAGCAGUACAUCAAGAAUGUUACGGAGUGAGGAGCACUCAAGAUUUUUCUUUGUGGGUUUGCCGUGCAUGUGAAACCCCAGAAUUUGAGAGGGAAUGUUGCCUCUGUCCUCCAACCGAUCUUGAUGAUUUAUGGAUCCAUGUUACCUGUGCGUGGUUUCGCCCUGAAGUUGCUUUCUUACAUGCGGAGAAAAUGGAGCCUGCAGUUGGGCUUCUUAAAGUUCCUCCAAAUUCAUUUACUAAGGCAUGUGUUAUCUGCAAGCAGAUUCACGGUUCUUGCAUGCAGUGUUACAAGUGCACUACCUAUUUCCAUGCAACAUGUGCUUCUCGUGCUGGAUAUUGCAUGGAGUUGCAUUGCGACGAAAAGAAUGGGCUGCAGAUAACUAAAUUUAUAUCAUAUUGCUCUUCUCACAGGACACCUAGUGCAGAGAAUGUACUAGUGAUACUUACACCGGAUGGGGUUUUUUCCAACAAAAGUUUGCUGCAAGGCCAAUAUCAAGAACAACAUUCUAGAGGUUCAAGGCUAAUCUCAACAAAUACUGCCAAGUGCUCAGAUUCAUCUCCUGCUGAUUCUAGUGAAUUUGAGGAGAUGUCCGCGGCAAGGUGCCGUGUUUACAAUAGACCAAAUGUUAAGGUGAAUGAACCUGAAUCAGUUUUCCACCGCUUGAUGGGACCUCGUUGGCAUGCUCUAUGUGUCAUAGAUUCCUUAAGCUAUAAUCAUAAAUAUAUUGAAGAGGCGAUAUCUUCUACAUUCAGAGACCGAUUGGAACAUUUAAAGACAACAGAAAAAUAUCGGGUUUGCUUUGGUAAAUCAAGAAUACAUGGAUGGGGCCUCUUUGCUAGGCAAAACAUCCAAGAAGGAGAAAUGGUUGUAGAAUAUUGUGGUGAGCAAGUGAGGCGCAGCGUUGCUGACCUAAGGGAGAAACGGUAUGGUUUGGAGGGCAAAGAUUGCUAUCUUUUCAAGGUCAGUGAGGAAGUAGUAAUUGAUGCCACAAAUAAAGGGAAUAUUGCUCGCUUGAUUAAUCACUCGUGCAUGCCCAAUUGCUAUGCAAGGAUCAUGAGUGUGGGUAGAGAAGAGAGCCGCAUAGUUCUUAUAGCUAAAACCAAUGUCUCAGCUGGUGACGAGCUAACGUAUGAUUAUAAGUUUGAGGCUGACGAGCCGGAAGAGGUUAAAGUCCCUUGCUUUUGUAAUGCUCCUAACUGCAGAAAAUUCUUGAACUAAUAGAAAAUAAGGUUUUGUAUAGCUGCUUAUUGGAACUGACCCUUUACUUCAUGUAAGUUUUCCUUUUGUUUCCACAACAGUUUUCUUGGAUUUUUUUUUUUUUUUUA